AUCACACCGGGUAUCUGAACGCGGGUGGCUGAGAAAGCAAGCGAAUGAAUCGCCUGUGACUAGCCCGUGCCUUUCAUUAUAAACAAUAGCAUUAUACGUUUUAGCUCGAAGAAAGUUUUUAAAACAAUCUCUGGCAGUGAACGUUGGGUGUUAGUCAUCGAUUAACUCACAAUCUGGUUAUAUCUAGGGAACAAUUCGGUAAAAAUGUCCGAAACUGGAAACGGCGCUGAACAGCGGGAAGAGCCGAGUGAACUUGAAGAAAUCGGAGGAGUGGAGGAGAAGGAUGACGCCACCAAAGCGGGAAAGGAGUCUUCUGGUGCAGGACAGGGGGAGGAAGAAGGAUCCUCUUCUUCCCAAAUCACACCUGAGGAGACACGAGGUUAUGAAGAGAAAGUGGAAUCGGACCGCACCAACCGUUUUGAGUAUCUCCUGAAACAAACGGAGGUGUUUGCCCAUUUCAUCCAGCCGGCGGCACAGAAAACGCCAACCUCCCCUCUCAAGAUGAAGCCCGGGCGCCCUCGCAUCAAGAAGGACGAGAAGCAGAACCUGCUCUCUGCUGGAGAACGUUUGUCAAGUGAACUAAACAGGCUCAUCUCUGACAGUAACCGCCAUCGUCGAACAGAGCAGGAGGAGGAUGAGGAGCUGUUAAGCGAGAACAGCAAAGCCACCGCCGUCUGCACCCGUUUUGACGACUCCCCCUCCUUUGUGAAAGCAGGUAAAAUGAGGGACUACCAAGUCCGUGGUCUGAACUGGUUGAUUUCCCUGUAUGAGAAUGGCAUCAAUGGCAUCCUUGCUGAUGAAAUGGGUUUGGGAAAGACCCUACAGACCAUCUCUCUACUGGGCUACAUGAAGCACUACAGGAGUAUCCCUGGGCCUCACAUGGUCCUAGUGCCCAAGUCCACCCUCUACAACUGGAUGAACGAGUUCAAGCGCUGGGUGCCGUCCCUCCGAGCAGUCUGCCUCAUCGGAGACAGAGAAGAGAGGACGGCCAUGAUCAGGGACGUCUUGCUUCCGGGAGAAUGGGACGUGUGCGUCACGUCCUACGAGAUGCUGAUCAUCGAGAAGGCAGUCUUCAAGAAGUUCAACUGGAGGUACCUGGUCAUAGACGAGGCCCACAGGAUCAAGAACGAGAAGUCAAAGCUGUCUGAGAUUGUCAGAGAGUUCAAGACCACCAACCGCCUGCUGCUGACCGGCACCCCACUCCAGAACAACCUCCACGAGCUGUGGGCGCUGCUCAACUUCCUGCUGCCCGACGUCUUCAACUCCUCAGAGGACUUUGAUGCCUGGUUCGACACCAACAACUGCCUGGGUGACCAGAAGUUGGUGGAGCGUCUUCACACUGUACUGCGUCCAUUCCUGCUGCGGCGUAUCAAAGCGGACGUGGAGAAGUCGCUGCUUCCUAAGAAGGAGGUCAAGAUGUACGUGGGGCUGAGCAAGAUGCAGAGAGAGUGGUACACCAAGAUUCUGAUGAAGGACAUCGACAUCCUGAACGCGGCAGGCAAGACGGACAAGAUGCGUCUGCUGAACGUGCUGAUGCAGCUCAGGAAGUGCUGUAACCACCCCUACCUGUUUGACGGCGCCGAGCCCGGCCCGCCCUACACCACCGACAUCCAUCUGUCGGUCAACAGCGGCAAGAUGGCCGUCCUGGACAAGCUGCUGCCCAAGAUGAAGGUUCAAGGAUCUCGUGUGCUGAUCUUCAGCCAGAUGACCAGGAUGCUGGACAUCUUGGAGGACUACUGCAUGUGGAAGAACUACGGCUACUGCCGCCUGGACGGACAGACGCCCCACGAGGAACGACAGAUCUCCAUCAACGCGUUCAACGAGCCCAACAGCAGCAAGUUCCUCUUCAUGCUGAGCACCAGGGCGGGGGGUUUGGGUAUCAACCUGGCAACCGCUGACGUGGUCAUCCUCUAUGACUCUGACUGGAAUCCUCAGGUUGACCUGCAGGCCAUGGACCGAGCCCACAGGAUUGGUCAGCAGAAGCAGGUGCGCGUGUUCCGCUUCAUCACAGAGAACACAGUGGAGGAGAGGAUUGUGGAACGCGCCGAAAUGAAGCUCCACCUUGACUCCAUCGUCAUUCAGCAAGGCCGGCUAGUGGACCCCAACCUCAACAAGCUGGGCAAGGACGAGAUGCUGUCCAUCAUCCGCCACGGCGCCACCCACGUCUUUGCCUCCAAGGAGAGUGACAUCACGGAUGAAGACAUCGACGAGAUCCUUGAGAGAGGAGAGAAGAAGACCAUUGAGAUGAAGGAGAAGAUGGAGAACCUGGGCGAGAGUUCUUUGAGGAACUUCAGCAUGGACACGGAGAACGCUGCGGCAUACACAGUGUACUCCUUCGAAGGAGAGGACUACAGGGAGAAAAAGAAGGUUAUUACAAACUGGAUCGAACCGCCCAAGAGAGAAAGGAAGGCCAACUAUGCGGUGGAUGCCUACUUCCGAGAGGCCCUCCGCGUCAGCGAACCCAAAGCACCCAAGGCUCCUCGCCCCCCCAAGCAGCCCAAUGUUCAAGACUUCCAGUUCUUCCCCCCUCGCCUAUUUGAGCUGCUGGAGAAAGAGAUUCUCUUCUACAGGAAGACCAUCGGUUACAAGGUUCCUCGCAACCCAGACCUCCCCAACUCUGCCCAGCAACAGAAGGAGGAGCAGGCCAAGAUUGACGAUGCAGAGGCCCUAUCAGAGGAGGAGCUUGAGGAGAAGGAGAACCUCCUCUCGCAGGGCUUCACAAUUUGGAACAAGCGUGACUUUAACCAGUUCAUCAAAGCCAAUGAGAAGUGGGGGCGAGACGACAUCGAAAACAUCGCCAGGGAGGUCGAAGGCAAAACCCCAGAAGAGGUCAUGGAAUAUUCUGCGGUGUUCUGGGAGCGCUGCAACGAGCUGCAGGACAUAGAGAAGAUCAUGGCCCAGAUCGAGAGAGGAGAAGCCAGGAUCCAGAGGAGGAUUAGCAUCAAGAAGGCGCUGGACUCCAAGAUUGGGCGAUACAAGGCCCCAUUCCACCAGCUUCGUAUCUCCUACGGCACCAACAAGGGCAAGAACUACACAGAGGAGGAGGACCGCUUCCUUAUCUGCAUGCUGCACAAGCUGGGCUUCGACAAGGAGAGCGUCUACGACGAGCUGCGUCAGUGCAUCCGCAACUCACCCCAGUUCCGCUUCGACUGGUUCCUCAAGUCCAGGACCGCCAUGGAGCUCCAGAGGCGAUGCAACACCCUGAUUACGCUGAUUGAGCGAGAGAACAUGGAGCUGGAGGAGAGGGAGAAGGCAGAGAAGAAGAAGAGAGGACCUAAGUCUAGCUCGACCCAAAAACGCAAGUCUGAGGGAACUCCGGACGGACGUGGGCGCAGGAAAAAACUCAAGCUGUGAUGCAGUGAACAUCAGGUGCCCGAGGACGGAAGAAGAGAGAGGAGAGAGAAACAAGACAGCUAGUCGUAACGUCUGUUGCAUAUUUUUUUUUUCUUUACGGGUCGUGACGAUGUACUGUACAACUAAAAAAAUUCCCCUCAGAGGACUAAGCUUCUUUGCUUGUAGCUCGGCUCGUUCUAGGAAAGGUUUAGUUGUUCGCAGGCCUGCCUUGUUAGUGACUCAACCCCAUAGCUGCAGCCGCACUGGGUUAUUUUGUUUAGUUUAUUUUCUACCUUUUUUACUAGUACUUGAGGUGAUAUAAUAAAUGUAUUUAUGCCUGUUUGGUUGUGUACCACAUUCCUUUUCCUGUAACAAUGUGUCCCUUUUUUAUUUUGAAGAACCUCAUUUGUUUUUCUUUACCUACAAGGGUUGAAAAUGUGUCUUUUUGGAAUAUGUCUCAAUAAACUACCACUGUUUUUUAAAAACUG